CAAAAAUCGAUAAUGAGUGCACUGCCUCCGAAAAAAGAUAACAGACGCAUAAGCGCGGUAUGAAGGUGAAAUUAUCAGGCGGACCGCUAUAUCUGUCAGAACAGAAAUCCAUCCGACAUACAAGUAAACCAUGGCCAUAUGUCGUGUGCGACCAAAUCUUCCUCGCCAUCGUUAUUUUACAAUUGAACCUCUUCCUCGUUUGCGUCGCCUCGCCUAUAUCCGAAUUGUCUUCCUCGAGAAGCGUGCGCUUUACAGAGCUGUGAAGUUUCACAUCCCACUU